AUGGCACCCACCUCUGCGCCCGAAGAACACCACCAGUUCACCUCGCAUGCUGCCGAGGCCCAGAAGCUGCACUCGCUCACUCCCAUGUGGGCGGGUAUCGCUGGCGCCCCAGUGAACGGCAACAAGGAUUACGAAGUCGCGCUCUCUAUCCACGACUCGGUCUACAACACAGACUUCAACUCGACGCUGCUCCCGUACACGCCCAACGACUCCGAGAAGCAGAGCGACACGAUCGAGACCCACGUCGUCUCAUCGAUCCGCAAGUUCCAGGAGGAGCACUUCUGCAAGUUCCUCGGUGCAGGUGUCACUGUUGCACUUCUCCGCGAUGCGCCCAAUCUCUGCACGCGUCUGUGGCUUGAGCUUGACAUCGUCCCGAUCGUAUUCAACAUCAAGCCCUUCCACACCGACUCGCUCACGCGCCCGAACAUCAAGCACCGUAUCUCCUCCACCACUGGCUCCUACGUGCCCAGCGGAGUUCAAACCCCGACCGUCUACGUCGACCACUCUACGCUUAACCCGAAUGCGGCCACCGGCAAGCUUCCGAUCCCACGCACAAUCGAUGAGCAGGCCGACUCUGCGGCCCGCAAGGCGAUCAUGUACUUCGGUCCCAACAACAACCCGCGUCUGAGCAUCGGCCCGCGCAACCAGGUUGCUGUUGACGCCGGCGGCAAGAUCCAUCUUAUCGACGAUCUUGAGGAGUACCGCAAGAGUUGCCGCCCGGGUACUUGGAACGCCGUCAUCGCUCUGGCCAACGAGCUGCGCGAGAACAAUGUCAAGAUCGGCUUCUUCUCGUCCACGCCUCAAGGCGGUGGUGUCGCUCUUAUGCGGCACGCGCUUAUCCGUUUCCUUGCCGCACUGGACGUGGACGUCGCCUGGUAUGUGCCCAACCCGUCGCCGGCCGUCUUCCGCACGACGAAGAACAACCACAACAUCCUGCAAGGCGUCGCGGAUCCGUCUCUGCGUCUGACUCAGGAGCAGAAGACCGCGUUCGACGAGUGGAUCCUCAAGAACGGCCUUCGCUGGACUGCCGAGGGUGGCCCGCUUGCGAAGGGCGGUGUCGACGUCGCGUUCAUCGACGACCCGCAGAUGCCAGGCCUCAUUCCCCUCAUCCGCAAAGUGCGGCCCGAGAUUCCAGUUAUCUACCGCUCGCACAUUGAGAUCCGGUCCGACCUCGUGCACAAGGCUGGCUCGCCGCAGGCUGAAGUGUGGGACUACCUCUACAAGAACAUCAAGCUUGCGGAUCUCUUCAUCUCUCACCCGGUGUCCAAGUUCGUGCCAUCGGACGUCCCGCUCGAGAAGGUUUGCCUUCUCGGCGCUGCGACCGACUGGCUCGAUGGUCUCAACAAGGACCUCAACGAGUGGGACAGUGCCUUCUACAUGAACGAGUUCCGCGGACUCUGCGCCAAGGAGAAGAUGCGCGAAUUGGCAUGGCCCGCUCGCCAGUACGUUGUGCAAGUUGCCCGCUUCGACCCCAGUAAGGGUAUCCCGAGCGUGGUCGACUCGUACACUCGCAUGCGCGACAUUCUCAAGGAGCAGGGCAUCGAUGGCGCUGCUUCGCCCCAGCUGCUUAUCUGCGGUCAUGGUGCCGUCGAUGACCCUGAUGCGAGCAUCAUCUAUGACCAGAUCUCGCAGCUCGUUGCGAGCGACAAGUACAAGCGCUACCAGCAGGAUAUCAUUCUCAUGCGCCUUCCGCCAAGCGACCAACUUCUCAAUGCGCUCAUGGCAAACGCGAAGAUUGCUCUUCAACUUUCGACGCGCGAGGGCUUCGAAGUUAAGGUCUCCGAGGCGCUGCAUGCCGGCAUCCCCGUCGUUGCCUCUCGUACGGGUGGUAUUCCUCUGCAGAUCCAGCACGGCAAGUCCGGCUAUCUCUGCGAGCCGGGCGACAACGAGGCCGUCGCUAAGCACCUCGUCGAGCUCUACACUAACAAGGAGCUCUACAAGACCAUGAGCGAGUUUGCGCGCCAGAACGUGUCCGAUGAGGUCGGCACUGUUGGUAACGCCGCAGCGUGGCUCUACCUCGCGGUCAUGUACUCGCGCGGGGAGAAGAUCAAGCCGAACGGCAAGUGGCUCACGGACAUGUUGCGCCAGGAGACGAACCAGCCCUACGCUGAGGGCGAGCCGCGCCUGCCGCGCGAGGUCAACGUCGUGGGUUGA